GGCCUCACAAGUGGAGGUUUUUACUCUGCAAACUAUACGUCGGAGUCCUGUUCUGGAUCAUAUUGAGUAGAAUUCCACGACAUGACUAUCGUGAACAGGACAAGACCGACCGAGCAGGCUGCAAAGCUGAUUUCAGAGCCAAUCCUGCAGCAGUUUCGGCAGCUUUUGGGCAAACCCUCCGUCGGGAGAAUAACUCUCCAGCCAGUCUCCGGCCAGUGCGCGCUCCCAGGCGCCACCCACGUGGUGGUGUGUCUGUCUGUCUGUUUAACCACCCCCACCCCGCUCCGCUCCGAAAUCAGCAACUGCACUUUCCAAACGGAUUUGACAAGCAGCGCAGAGCGGAAGCCGAGCGACCAUUGGGAGGCAGGCGCGGGGCGGGCUUAGAACGAUCCCCGGGAAUCUGCGCGCGCCGCCAAGGGCCGGCCUAAGGCAACUGUUCUUGCUGAGUCGGCUGCUGGUUACUUCCCAACGCUUGCACUUCCUUUCUUCUGAAUCCGGAUUCUUCCUCUGGAAGCGUGUGGAGACCAGGUGCUGACUGAACAUGGGGUUUGCUGAGGAUAAAGUGAAGGAAUACAUCAAGGACCACCAGUGCGACUUUCGAUGCAUCCGUGUCCUUCCGAUGCUCGACCGUCUCCACUGCCUCACUGAAAUAGACAAGCAAGAAAUUAAAAGGAAUUACGACAGGGAAGGGAACGACCUGACUGUGUGGGAGCUGUUUCAGCGUCUCCAGACGAGGAGGGGCUGGGUGCCGAUCCUCAUCAAGGCUCUCGAGGAAGAGAACCAAAGGGAUCUGGCGAGGGAAAUCGAAGAAGUUUACGACCGUUGGCGGCUCCCUCCUCGAAGGAAUGCGCCGGGAGUUGCUGCCUCACCAGCUGUGGUGAAUAGCCCCCAGGUGCCAGCUGUGAAUCCCAGCCCACCCUCUUCUGACAUGCCCCUGCCAGUCUAUAGUGGAGUCCAGCCUCCGUUGCCCACAGGCAUCUCAGACCCAUCCUACUUUGCCACAAACGCAGCCUCUGAAGACGUGCCUGAUUACAGCACUCCUGUUCAAGAAACUGAACAUCUCCCUCGGAGCCCUGAGGCCAAAGGCAGUGCCAGAAAUGGAGGCCCUUCCACGCCUCCCCAGAGCAAUGUCGUAGCUGCUCCCGCUGAGGAUGCCCGAGCCACUCCGAGUCGAGGCCGCCUUGGAGAGGCGCCUGAGGAGGUUUUGCCAAGCAACACACCAGCGUCCUCAAGGCCCGACGCGGGUCCUUCGGUGCAGAACUGGGACAGCCGCCAGUCCCGUCCCGUUUGCGUGAAGAAUGGCUAUUUUGGGAACAGGGCUCGCCCCGUAGACAGUGCUGUUUUCCCAGGGCUGGCUACGCCUCCUGAUGCCGGAAUGCCUGGGAACCAGCCAGUGGAAGAUUACUACUCCUCUCCUGACAGCAGCUCCCCACUGGCUUCGGGGGGUCAAGGCAAAGCAUCUCUGAGGGAGCAGAAGAUCCAGGCCUUGCGGGGCUAUCAGAACGAGGAUGUGCUGGACGGUCCAGAGGACGUAGGCCGCAACAUUGCCUCCUCUGCCCCAGUGGGGUUUGGAGCGAGCCCAACAGAUCGCCUUCCUGGAAACGGCCAGGGAAGAGGUCCCCGCAUUCCUGUGAAGGUUGCUGCGCCAGUCUUCUCAAAUGCAGAUUUUCUUGACAGCCCUCCUUCUGGCAGCUCCCAGCUCCUCAUUAGCCCUUCAGACAGAGGACAGACUCACUCCAUGCCCAGCACUCCACCUUUAGGGCAGAGCCGACCUCCGCCUUCCAACUUUGACGGUUCCUCCUCCACCGCCGUGAUCCCACCUAACUCGCCUCCCCGGCUUUCGGCUGCUCCAAGCGACACCUUUAAAACUCCCAUUCAGGGUGGAGGUUUGACUGACACAGCCGCCUACCAGGUGGCGCCAGAGCAGAUGAUCCAGCCCUCUGCUGUGAGUGGAAAUGCCGCGGAUUCAAGGCCGAGUACGAACAAAGUCUUUCGCCGUCCCAGAGAUCGCGAUGUCUUCUCUACCAAUCACGACGACGACGAACCCUGCAAACCGGGCGUUCUGCGUUUAGAACAGAAUGAUGUAAACACAGUGGGAUCACACGAUCAGCAGCUGAGUGAAAAAGAGACUGAUCCUGCGUAUUCAGGGAGGUCAGACAGGCUUCGUGUCAGUGGUUUUUCUCUGGGCAGCGACUCUUUGAUGAUCAGCCAUCCCAGCUCGUCCGAAGAGAGACGCUCUGGUCCAGCCGAUGUCGCUGUUCUGGGCAGGGAUGGAGUCCGCGACGCUUCCCGUCAGCUUUCACGCGGCAACCACCAGGGUGGCGAUGGUUCCAUCCGAACCUUCACCUUCAAAAUGGAGCAGAGCCCUAGUGUGGAUCUUGAAGGAGCCCCUGGUUUGCUUGGCAGCCCUGGCGAACAAUCUCCGGGUGCCUUGCCCAUUUCAGAGGACAGGCGGCAGCCAGUCAAAAGUGCCAGGCCCCGCUUUAAAAGUGCGAGGGAUUCCCUCCCCAGCGAGAGAGGCGAUGGACCGUGGACUUCACGCAGUUAUACGUGGCUCCUCGCAGGGUGUGCCGUGGCGGUGGCGGUCGUGGCUUUUGCACUUUACAAGAAGAAAUAGGAAUCUGGGGAGGGAAGCAAGAAAAGAAAGGAGAGUUUCUGUCCAGCUAAAUAGAUCAAUUCCUUCCUGGGCAAGCGUUGAGAUCGCCAUCCCUCCUCACCCAGUGCCUCUAUAUCAAACGUUGACUCCUAGGCCAAAUAUGACCCCCAGGACCUCUUUAUGUGACCCAUAAGGACUGUCAACCCUCUUCUGCACCCUCAUUGAAUGCUCUUUCAUGUCUGGAAUGUGUCCUUGAACUAGAAUAACAAUGCCUUUGGAUGGGUAAUCGAUGGGGGAAGGUCCGUGUGCGAAUAGAUAUCUCUGCCUUGCUAGCGGCUUUGUUACCUACUGUAUAAAAGCAAGAGACAGAGCAACACGUGUGUCCCAAUUUUGGUGAUGGUUCUGCCCCCGACAGGUAGCCCCUCCACUUGCAUUCUAUGCAAACACACUCACACGCAGAGCUUUGCUUCUGUUUUAAUCCACUUCCUCCGCGGGAGGAAGCUAUUCGCCGUUCACCAGUUGCCUUCCUGCACGCUUCCUUUGCAUACCUCUUAAGAGAACGGGGCUUCUCUUGAUGCAGCACAUGUAACCCACUCCCAGGGGUGGCCCCUGAUAUGGGUGGCUUUACAAGAGUAGUAGGCAAAUUCAUGAAGGAGGAGAGGGCCAUCGAUGGCCACUAGUCAGGGUGGCCGUGCUCUGGCUCCGCAGAGCAGCAAGCAAAAUCGGUGAGAAGAAGCAGGCAGGCGUAAUGCAUUUUUUAUGUUGCAAUAUUAAUGUACCACUUGAUUUUAAAAUCCUCUGAAGUAGGACUGGGCAAUGCAUCGAUAAUAUAGUCCAAACCUGGUUUCAAGUCCAUAUCACACUACAAUGGAACCUUGGUUCCUGAACUUAAUCCGUUCUGGGAGUCUUUGAUUCCCAAAACAGUUUGAGAACCAAGGCAUGGCGUCUGAUUGGCUGCAGCAGCUUCCUGCAGCCAAUCAGAAGCCAUGGAAGCCGCGCCGGGCGUUUGGCUUCCAAAGAAUGUCCAAAAACCGGAAAAAUUACUUCUGGGUUUCAUUCAGGAGUCAGAACAUUUGGCUCCCAAGGCGUUCGGGAGCCGAGGUUCCACUGUAUCGGUUUCUUAAUUUUUGACCUGGCAAUAUUUUGCGAAUCAUGACGUCUCUCUGUACGUGUGCUAUCCCAAAAUCACAAUGUGGGAGAGACUGUGAAGCCAGCCAAUGCCUCUACAUAGCUCCAUCCUUUUCAGACAUUGUGAUGUAUCGGUCUAUCGUGAUGUUUAGCUGGCGAUAUAUCGCGAUGUUGAAAACCAGAUACCGCCCAGCCCUACUCUAAAGCGGUUUGUAUAAAAUGGUAUAAAGCAUUCAAUAAUAGUAACAAUAAAUACAAUUUGUGUGUGUGUACAAUGAAGGCACCUUCCUGGCAUUAAUAGGCAGGGAGGUACAGAAGGCAGGUGCUGCCAUACUAAAAGACCAAAAGUGUGGAACGAACCUGUGGCACUUAUAAAAGUGCCCAUUCCACAGAUCAAAGUGGAGCAGUGGACACACAUUGGGCAAAGUAAGCUAACAGGGCAAUAAGUUGAGCCAGACAUCUUGGAGAGUGAAGUCAAAUGGGCCUUAGAAAGCACUGCUAAUAACAAGGCCAGUGGAAGUGAUGAUAUUCCAGCUGAACUAUUUAAAAUUUUAAAAGAUGAUGCUGUUAAGGUGCUACACCCAAUAUGCCAGCAAGUUUGGAAAACUCAGCAAUGGCCAGAGGAUUGGAGAAGAUCAGUCUACAUCCCAAUUCCAAAGAAGGGCAGUGCCAAAGAAUGCUCCAACUACCGCACAAUUGCACUCAUUUCACAUGCUAGCAAGGUUAUGCUUAAAAUUCUACAAGGCAGGCUUAGGCAGUAUGUGGACCGCGAACUCCCAGAAGUGCAAGCUGGAUUUUGAAAGGGCAGAGGAACCAGAGACCAAAUAGCAAACAUGCGCUGGAUUAUGGAGAAAGCUAGAGAGUUCCAGAAAAACGUCUACUUCUGCUUCAUCGAGUAUGCAAAAGCCUUUGACUGUGUCGACCACAGCAAACUAUGGCAAGUUCUUAAAGAAAUGGGAGUGCCUGAUCACCUCAUCUGUCUCCUGAGAAAUCUCUAUGUGGGACAAGAAGCUACAGUUAGAACUGGAUAUGGAGCAACUGAUUGGUUCAAAAUUGGGAAAGGAGUACGACAAGGUUGUAUAUUGUCUCCCUGCUUAUUUAACUUAUAUGCAGAAUUCAUCAUGCGAAAGGCUGGACUAGAUGAAUCCCAAGCCGGAAUUAAUAUUGCUGGAAGAAAUAUCAACAACCUCAGAUAUGCAGAUGACACAACCUUGAUGGCAGAAAGCGAGGAGGAAUUAAAGAACCUUUUAAUGAGGGUGAAAGAGGAGAGCGCAAAAUAUGGUCUGAAGCUCAACAUCAAAAAAACCAAGAUCAUGGCCACUGGUCCCAUCACCUCCUGGCAAAUAGAAGGGGAAGAAAUGGAGGCAGUGAGAGAUUUUACUUUCUUGGGCUCCUUGAUCACUGCAGAUGGUGACAGCAGUCACGAAAUUAAAAGACGCCUGCUUCUUGGGAGAAAAGCAAUGACAAACCUAGACAGCAUCUUAAAAAGCAGAGACAUCACCUUGCCGACAAAGGCCCGUAUAGUUAAAGCUAUGGUUUUCCCAGUCGUGAUAUAUGGAAGUGAGAGCUGGACCAUAAAGAAGGCUGAUCGCCGAAGAAUUGAUGCUUUUGAAUUAUGGUGCUGGAGGAGACUCUUGAGAGUCCCAUGGACUGCAAGAAGAUCAAACCUAUCCAUUCUGAAGGAAAUCAGCCCUGAGUGUUCCCUGGAAGGACAGAUCGUGAAGCUGAGGCUCCAAUACUUUGGCCACCUCAUGAGAAGAGAGGAAUCUUUGGAAAAGACCCUGAUGUUGGGAAAGAUUGAGGGCACUAGGAGAAGGGGACGACAGAGGACAAGAUGGUUGGACAGUGUUCUCGAAGCUACGAACAUGAGUUUGACCAAACUGCGGGAGGCAGUGGAAGACAGGAGUGCCUGGCGUGCUCUGGUCCAUGGGGUCACGAAGAGUCGGACACGACUAAACGACUAAACAACAACAAGCUAACAGGGAUGCGGGUGGCGCUGUGGUCUCAACCACUGAGCCUAGGGCUUGCCGAUCAGAAGGUCGGCGGUUCGAAUCCCUACAACGGGGUGAGCUCCUGUUGCUCGGUCCCAGCUCCUGCCAACCUAGCAGUUAAACUUAUUGCCCUUCAUCCAAAGAGCAUAGAAGUACAAAAUGGAAAACACAAAAUACCUAUCACAAUACCAAAAUGAAAUACAGGACGCCGGCGUGGCCCUGUCGUUCAGGGCCUCGAUUCUAGCUUGCAGCAGAAUAUGUGCCCGCUUGACUGCUUAGAUGUGCAGAACUGCCACUUCUAUAAGUGCUACUACAUAAGAUUAGUUUCUUGCAGGCAAGAAAUCGGUCCUUCAGUGUGCAUAGCUGCUAAGUUAUCCCUUUUUUACAGGGAUUUUCCCUUAUGCUGAAUAGGCUUCCUCACGAGAAAAGCGAAAACUUGGCAGCUAUGUUCAGUGUGGCCGAGCCGAGCCUUCAGAACUCCCCGCCCAUUGAUAUUGGGCGAGUGCCUCCACCGUACUGCUUUUAAUGCCUGCUAAAAGCCUAUUUGAUCUGGGAAGCCUACCCAGGCUCGACAUUUUAGCAGGUGUAAUUUGUGUGGGUUUUUUUAAUUACUGAUUUUAUUUUGUAUUUGUUUUUUAUGUUGUUUCUUUUUAAUGUUUCCGUUGGUGUUUUCAAUGAAUAUUUUAGACUGCCUUGCUAAAUUGCUUAGGGGUCUUUUGUUCUACUAAGACUUUUGGUUAAUAAAAUAAAUAUAAGCGUG